AUGGAGCCCGGGGCGCCCGGCGCGGCCCUGACCCUCUGCCUCUGGCUGCUGGCCUGCGGGGGCUGCCUGGCCGGCGGCCCCGGCGCCGCGGCGGCUCGGCGGCUGGACGAGUCCCUGUCGGCCGUGAGCGUCCAGCGCGCGCGCUGCUCGUCCAGGUGCCUCAGCCUGCAGAUCACGCGCAUCUCCGCCUUUUUCCAGCACUUCCAGAACAAUGGAUCCCUGGUUUGGUGCCGGAAUCACAAGCAAUGUUCUAAGUGCCUGGAGCCGUGCAGGGAGUCGUGGGACCCGCGGAAGCAGCAGUGCCAGAGCUUCUGUGAGCCUCUGUUCCCCAAGAAGAACUACGAAUGCUUGACGAGCUGUGAGUUCCUCAAGUACGUCCUGUCGGUGAAGCAGGGGGACUGCCCGGCCCCUGAGAAGGCCAGCGGGUUCGCCGCCGCCUGCGUGGAGAGCUGCGAAGCCGACAGGGAGUGCUCCGGGGUGAAGAAAUGUUGUUCGAAUGGGUGUGGGCACACCUGCCAGGUGCCCAAGACCUUGUACAAAGGGGUGCCCCUGAAGCCCAGAAAAGAGUUGCGAUUUACAGAACUACAGUCUGGACAGCUGGAGGUUAAGUGGUCCUCGAAAUUCAACAUUUCCAUCGAGCCCGUGAUCUACGUAGUGCAAAGGAGGUGGAAUUACGGAAUCCAUCCCAGCGAAGACGACGCCACGCAGUGGGAGACAGUGGCCCAGACCACCGACGAGCGGGUCCAGCUGACCGACAUUCGACCCGGACGGUGGUACCAGUUCCGAGUGGCAGCUGUCAACGUGCACGGGACCCGGGGCUUCACGGCCCCCAGCAAACACUUCCGCUCCUCCAAAGACCCGUCUGCACCCCCCGCCCCGGCCAACCUCCGGCUUGCGAAUUCCACCAUAAACGGUGACAACACCGUGACCGUGGCCGUGGUUUGGGAUCUCCCCGAGGAACCAGACAUCCCCGUGCACCACUACAAGGUGUUUUGGAGCUGGACAGUCAGCAGCAAAUCCCUUGUCCCCACGAAAAAGAAGCGGAGGAAGACCACGGAGGGGUCCCGGAAUUCCGUGCUCCUGGACCGACUGCAGCCGGACUGCGGCUACACCGUGGAGCUUCAGGCCAUCGCGUACUGGGGGCAGACGCGCCUGAAGGGGGCCAAGGCCUCCCUGCACUUCACGCCCGCGCGCGCCGCCGGCCACAAAGAGCAACUUGGGAAAACGGGAAAGAGCGUGACACACGUGCAGCCGCCUUUCCAACGACGAAGGCCCACGCGGCUUCUGGAAAUCGGAGCCCCCUUCUAUCAAGACAACCAACUUCAGGUGAAGGUCUACUGGAAAAAGACUGAAGAUCCCGGCGUCCGUCGCUACCACGUGCAGUGGCUCCCAGAGGCCUGUGCCCAGAACCGGAGCAGCGCGGCCGAGGCCUCCUCCGGCAUCACCCAGGACAAUUACAUCAUUCUUCAAGAUCUGUCCUUCUCCUGCAAAUACAAGGUGACCGUGCAGCCCACGCGACCCGCCGGCCGCCUGAAGGCAGAGACGGUUUUCUUUACGACGCCGCCGUGCUCCGCCCUGAAGGGGAAGAGCCACAAGCCCGUGAGCUGCCCCGGAGAGCCAGGUCACGUGACGGCCAAAGUGCUCGCCAAGCCCGAAAACCUCUCUGCCUCGUUCGUCGUCCAGGAUGCCAACGUCACGGCCCACUUCUCCUGGAAGAUGGCCAAGGCCAACCUCUACCAGCCCAUGACCGGCUUCCAAGUGACCUGGGCCGAGGUCACGACCGAGAGCAGACAGAACAGCUUACCCAACAGCAUCAUCUCCCGCUCGCAGAUCCUGCCUUCGGACCAUUACGUCCUCGCGGUGCCCAACCUGAGGCCGUCCACGCUGUACCGACUGGAAGUGCAGGUGCUGACCGCGGGAGGCGAAGGCCCGGCCACCAUCAAAACCUUCUGGACGCCCGACCUCCCGCCGCCCUCCGCGCACAGACCCCAUCUGAAAGCGCGGCGUCCCCAGCACCACCCGCCUUCUCCAGAAAGACACUAAACGGUUCCAACGGCGUCUGAGACUCACGGAACGCGCCGGCGGGCGGAGCUGUGCGGCGUCCACGCAUGACCUCCCUCUCCCAUGUGACCUUGUGCCCUGGGUCCCCAGCGCAGGUGGGAAGGAGUGACGCACGGCCACCAGCGGGGGUGGACACCACUUCCCAGCACGGAGGAAAUGACGCGGCCCCGCGCAGGACAUCCCCGAACCCCCAUGGGCGCGCACGUCUGGAUCUCCGCGGGACGGCCCCACAGAGAGCUCCCGCAGCCGCGCGUGCCCGGAACACAUCCGUGUAACACACGCGCAGGGCACACUCGUACCGAGCGUGACGUCCAUCAAUAAAACGUUUGUAAAAGUUCAACGAUUGCGUUGAUUUGCAAAAUCACGUGAGGGGACGCCGUCUGCAAGCCCGACGUGGUCACGGCGCUUCCCCGAGCACGGGUGCCGCGGGACUUCCUCCCGGCCCGCAGGACGGAGCGCUCCAUGCCGCUGCCACCGUCCACACCCGCAGCCCAGGCCCGUCCGCACCGGGGCUAACGAGCGGCGCGUGUGCGACCCGAGUCCCACGAGGGGCUCCCGGAGCAGGCCGCGCCCAGCGAGUUCGCCGCUGUCCGCGGGCCGUGGAGAAAUCAGAAUCCUUGCCAGGGGAUGCGUUUCCCUGCUUCCUCCUGGAACAGGACCGGCCUCCCUGAUACGUUUUCUCAUUUCUCAUCUCCGUUUCGCUCCGUGCACAGAAGAGCGGCCUCUGUCCUGUUUCAGCGCGUCGUGCAUCUGCAGACGGACAGAAGCUCCUGCUUCAAGUGAGAACCGCAGCUGUGCAGUGUCGUGCACCGUUCCCCAGAUGCGCCUUUCCUGCAUCCCAGGAAGCGAAGCGAACGCUAGAACAUUCUCGGUAAGGUGGGACAGGGCCGGACGGGGCGAGGAGAGCGCUUCACUUGCCUUUAUUCUUCCGAAUCCGUCCCGUGGCACCGCCUGGCUCCAAACCAGCCUUCCCAGCGCGGAUCACCGAGCACUGGCGCAGCCUUAAACCCCGAAAUGCUGAGUCUCAUCCAGGCUUUCCUUGAGGGAACGUCCGCAGAUGCCGUGUGGAAUUCGCAACCGUGUGUGUGUGUGUCUGUGUGAGUGUGCACACACACACACACCCCUUCAGUGUGACUCGCUGCGGGAAUCUGUUGACAGCUCCCCGCGGUGCAGACAGACCCGGUUCUGGUACCCGGGAGGGUCCCGUGUCUGCCACCGGCGCUCGCUCCAGGAGGAAGGAGCAGCGUAGCCGCCUCCUGGCGUCUUGCAGGAAGGGCUUCCUCCUCCUUCGCGCAGCCCCGGCGGCCGGGCAGAGCUCUGGGGCCGCGCUCCUGGGCUGUGCGCCGGGCACCGGGUACUUCUGGGCUUCUGGACGCAGGGACGGCUCGGAACUCCUCCACCCACGAGUUCUGAAGGCAAACGUGGUAGAAAACCGAGGCAGAGUAUUUUUAUGAUCAGACGGAUGCGAAUGUUUGGAAAACGCGGUCCAUCCGCAUGGACACGUGGAAACAGAGUAGAAACGGUCUGCUGUGCAGCCAAGACCUCCGGCAAGGACGCUCGUGGUUCUGCAGCUCCGCGCCAGGGACGCCCGUGGGGAAGGCCCGCCCGAAGGUGCCCGCGCUUCCCGGGGCUCCAGCACGGCUCCUGACGCAGUCAGGACGGGCCGCACCGCGUGCCCCGAAAUCGCCUGCUUCCCCACGGAACGAACGGGAGCACCCCUCGUUUCCAACCGCCCGAGCGGGACCCAGCAGCACAGGCACCUUCACGGAAGUCAGGACUCAGCCAGUGCCAGGAGCCGCAUCUGAAUGUCCAAUUCUCAAAUUUUCACCAACAAAGACAUCGAAUAUUGGCCACAAGGUUAUCUUUACCCUGAACUUGUCAUGAACAAAUCCAGUAUUUGUGUCCCCGAAGGUUUGUGCCGUUGUAUCGUUCAGAACGCAGGAGCAUACACAGAGAUAUAAAAUAUUAUUGUUCUGUAAGCUUGAUUUUAUAAAGUUUAGUUCUCUGUCUUUUGGGCAAUAGACAAUGAGAAAAUACAUUUUCAGUCUGGAAGGUUCCAAAGCUUAGAGCCUCCUUUAAACUUGAAAGCCUCUCCUGUGAGCAUCGGACUUUGCGAUAACAAAAUUGUAAUUUUUCACAUUAUUGGAAGAAAACUAUUAAUUAGAUGAUCAAGGACACUGGAGUUUACGAAUUCCAGUGACCUUCAAGAAUAUGCAAGUUGGCCAUAUAUAAUUACAAUUUUUUCUUUGAUUUUAAAGAUCUGAGUGCCCUAACGAAGAGGAUACACAGUAUGCGUUGUUUCCUCCAGACACUGUUCGUGGCCCGUGUCCAACACGUCUUAUGAAAACGAAACGCGUCUCUCUCAAAGGAGAAAAAAUACAUUCGGGGACAAUACGUAGUCUUAACAACUGAGCCCAUGGAGAGUGCCACGUGCUGAGAUCCCAGGGUUACGUCGUACUCACUACAGUUCCUCCCCGUCUGCUUGCAGCCCGCAGUCUCUCUGGGGAAGGGACCCGCUCCCUGCCCUUCCAGUGGGGGCUCCGCACGUGCCUCUUACGGGAGCGUGUGCCCUUUCGAGUCCUUCGUGGUGUCACUGGGUCGUAUUAGAGACGGUGAAACGGACGACAGGCCGUCCUCUGAGAACACGAUUAAGCAAAGUUCAAGGGUAAAGACGCGUCCAUAAUGCUGGGAACCUAGAUGAACCUGUAAGUGUGCAGAAAAGUCUGUGUCCAGGUCGGCGCAGGUGGUGGGGAGGGGUGGGGGUCACCGUCCUUCCAGGGCGCCGUGAGCACCGUAGAGCAUCGAGCGGUGGUCCUGGCCUCACCCCCCGUGUGGCAGGAGGACCCUCCCGUGUUGCGACAAUGCACCAUUCUCCACACGCUGCCCACACGCCCCUGGGGGAUGAGGUCCCCCGUCCCCGCUGAGAAUCCGUGCGCCAGAGACGGUGCGAUUCACUAAACUCGGGAGAACCUGCCUCGUCUGCAGGACCCAGGAGCCCAGGGGUCUGUCCCGGGAGCCCGGCUGGGAACUGGACUGCAAAGCCCUGAAUCACGUCUCUUCUCACGUCCCUGAACACCUGAUGGGUGGACCGAGUUCGCACGUGCCUGUCUGUCACCCGAGCUCCGAUAUUUAACCCUUCCUAUCGGUCGGCAUCUCUCACGAUAAUGACGUAUUGAUUUAAUGCCCUUUCCCACGCCUCGGGCCACGGACUGACUAACGCCUCAUCCCAUGAUUGCGAGUAGCCGGACCCCGCGUCUCAGCUGUCCUGAGUCUCGCAGCACGUCACACGACGGACAGGGAGACCGGCCGAGGUCGGUGUGUCGCGGACCGCGAUUUCCUGCGUGAAGGACGCCGUCGCGGACGCGUGACGCAGCAGCGACCUUCUCGUCCCCGUGGCCCGCAGAGACCUCGUCUCUUCCACGGGUCGUGUCAAGUCCGUAUUUAUUUAUCGAUGUAAUAAAAAAAAAAAGUUCGAUUUCUGUGUGUGUCUGUCGUGCUAUUCAGAGAGAAGUGAUCUUGUAAAAAUUUUGUAAAAACGGAGAAGUCUUGUCCAUAGUCUGCUACGCUGUGACUCCUUGUUUUCACGUGAGGGUUUUCUGUACAGACUGACUCAGUAAUAAAGCAUCCUUAAACCUG